AUGGCGAUAACUGAUACUCAACUCUUUCAGGCUCAUGGCAUAUCAUUUGUGCUGGGAGUACUGCUUCAUGUCUUUGCUUUCCGCUACGGAGAGUGGGAUCUUGCCACUACCAAGUUGAUCAGGAACUUCUCUCUGGGCUUUGGGCUAAUUACAGCUGCCCUUGCCCAGCUGGCUUCGGACACUUUCCGGACCAGCCUAUCUGCGUCCAAGACAGCGUUUUCACUCACUGCUGCCUUGAUCUCAGGCAUCUAUGUCAGCUUGAUUGUGUAUCGCGCGGCAUUUCACCGUUUGAAUUCCUUCAACGGGCCAUGGAUGGCACGUAUGUCAAAUCUGUACAUUACGCGCCGAGCUCUCAAGAAGCUGCAUCUGUAUUCGGAAGUGCAAGACCUGCACAAAUCAUAUGGCGAUAUCUUUCGAAUUGGACCUACUGAGCUGUCUGUCAACAAUCCGAAGGCUAUUAUGCCAAUCCAUUCCAACCGGUCACCAUGCAAAAAAGGGCCGUGGUAUGGAGUACUAGACCCCAUGUACUCUUUACAGCUUGUUCGGGAUAAGCAGGAACAUAGCCAAAGACGGAAAGCGUGGGAUCGCGGCUUUAGUUCCAAAGCCUUGAGGGAUUAUGAGUUUCGAGUUGCCAACUACACUAACCAACUGCUGGGCCAGAUUGAAGCCCACAAGGGAAAGCCUUUUAACAUUGCAGACUGGUUCAACUUCUACAGCUUCGACGUCAUGGGCGACUUGGCAUUUGGCAAGACUUUUGGGAUGCUAAAAGAAGGCAUAAAACAUUAUUUUAUGACUUCGCUUCACACUGAUAUGCAAGCCAUUGGCUCGUUUAGUCAUAUGCUAUGGCUAUUCCCAAUUUUCAAGAACACGCCCAUCUUGAAUGCCAACAACAAGAGGUUUUGGAAGUUUGUCACAUCUCAAGUUGAUGAGAGAAUCAAGAACCCUCCUAACCGACCGGAUGUUUUCUCUUGGGUCCUGGAAGAAUACCAGGCGAUCAAGAAGCCCACCUGGCAGGACACGCUAAACCUUUAUGGCGAUGCGUAUCUCAUUAUAGUGGCUGGGAGUGACACAACGGCAGCGUCCCUUACGUGUCUCUUUUUCGAGCUAGCCCAGAAGCCAGAGGCUUACAAGCGGUUAAGGGAGGAAAUCGACGAAUAUUUUCACGAGCAUCCUGAGCCGGAGCACUCUGCUCUGUCGAAGCUGCCGUACCUACAAGCGUGCAUAGAUGAGGCUCUGAGACUACACCCCCCAGUGCCAUCUGGCGUGCAGAGGAUGACACCACCCGAGGGCUUGGAAAUUGACGGAACCUUUAUUCCGGGGAACACCAUCAUCCAAGUUCCGACAUACACGAUGUUCCGAGGUGAGUCGCCGCUUGUUCUAGUAUUUGUGUAA